AUGCGCCACUCCAGGACUCAGCAGCUCGGUCGCCUCGCGGGCAAGAAUGCCAUCAUCACCGGCGCGGGAGGGUGAGUGUAGAUAGCACACUCCUCACGACCGGCUUCGCGGUGGACCGAGAACUGACUGCGACGACAGCGGCAUCGGUCUUGAGACCACCAUCCUCUUCCUGCGCGAGGGUGCCAACGUUCUCAUGACCGACAUUUCCGAACCAGCUCUGGAGAAGGCAUUGACAAUCGCCAAGGAGAAGGCACCCAAUGCCAGUGGCAAGGUUGAGGUUGCCAAGGUCGAUGUGUCCAAGGAAGCACAAGUGCAAGCUGCGGUCGAGAAGCUUGAUGCCUGGGGAGGUCUCGACAUCAUCUUCAACAACGCUGGCAUUAUGCACGGUGAUGACGCAGGUAAGAUGGGUGGCCUGCACGCUGGGUCGAAUGCCAUGGACUGACAAUCACUAUAGAUGCCGUGGAUACACCUGAGAAGAUCUGGGACCUCACCCACAACAUCAACGUCAAGGGCGUUUGGUUUGGAAGCAAGCACGCGGUUCUGUCGCUGCGCAAGCACAAGAAGACAAAGGGUAGCAUAAUCAACACUGCCUCCGUUGUCGCUCUUGUCGGCUCUGCUACCCCCCAGCUUGCGUAUACGGCUUCGAAGGGCGCAGUACUUGCCAUGACCCGCGAGCUGGCCAUUGUGCACGCACGUGAGGGCUUCCGCUUCAACGCUCUCUGUCCAGCUCCGCUCAACACUCCUCUGCUUCAGGACUGGCUCGGCGACGACCAGGCAAAGCGUCAUCGCCGCGAGGUACACUUUCCAACCGGGCGCUUCGGCGAGGCGAUCGAACAGGCACAGGCUGUAUUAUUCCUUGCGAGUGACGAGAGCAGCUUCGUCAAUGGCACCGAUUUCGUCGUCGAUGGCGGCAUGACAAAGGCCUAUGUCACUCCCGAGGGACCUGCGACUCAGCCGCCGCAAAAUCUUGCUCGGUGA